GGGAUCUUUGUUGUUCUGAAUCACCUGCCAUUCUUCUUUUUUUUCUUCUGGUUUCAUGUUUGCUUAGAAUGAAGGCUAACGAAUGAUGGGAUUAAAUUAUUCUGAUUUUCUUUGGAUUAGUUUCCAUUGGCACUUUCGUUUUGAACCUAAAAGGCAGGUAGGUGUCUCUUAUGCUUUUUAGGGAUUCGGUUUUCCUAGUUGUAAAAGACUCUCCUUCACUCUGGCCGCUGCAACGAAACUGAAAUUUUCUCGCACCUCAAGGUGGGUGUGGGGGGACAAGAAAGAGCUGAUUCUGCUUUGUGUUUUAAGGAGAUCAAGAUCAAGCCAUAUCUGGAGACUGCGACGGGUUUCAGAGGGUCUUUCGCUUGAUUAUGGCUAAUGUCGGUAUUUGCUAAAAUACCUUGAAGUUGAUUGAAGCUUGUCAUUUUUUUAUGUUUGUAGAAUUAGGUGUUUUCCUCCAGAUUUUGAACCUUAAUGAUUCCGGUAGUUUUAACCUUAUAGCUUUCCAUGUAACACAAAAGGUAGGUGUUGUGUGGAUGUGGUGCUAAUCUGUAUCACCACGAUGGUUAGAUUUUCAUGCUUCAAUGCUCACAUUGGAAGCCAGAAACCAAUGAAAACUGUUCAGCCGUCUGUUGAUGUGAUGCAUACGACUUUAGAAGAUUUUUCUCAAGUUCAACCCCCUAAGGAGUCGAUUAAAGCUACAAACAUGGAGCAAUUCUUGCCAGAGGUGGAAACGACUGCUGCGAUUCAUGACUAUGCCAAACCUGUAACAGAUUCUUCUUCUCCUUACCGUAGCUGGAAGUCAUUUGAAAUAAGAGACAAAACCCAUCUUGAUAGCAGUUCCAGGGCCCUUCAGAAUCCGCACUAUUUUAAGAAGAGUCUGUCCCUUGGAAGUGAACUUUUUCUGGAAGGAAGAGUUCCUCGACAAAUUGAUACGGAUGACGAGACUAAUCAAGGGUUUUCUUAUGAUUCCCACGAGCAUGGGUUGGUUGAAGAUGACAGAAAACCUACAGUAGAGAGCCAGAAUGCUCCAUGCUCAGAAUCUGUUCAUGUAAGCUCUAACCAUGCCAAUAUUGAACCGGUUUUCUCUAUAGGAGACCUUCAGCUUUCAGAGAAGGAUGGCCACGAUUUCUGUAAUUUACCUUUGCAUCAUGAGCGUGCCAAUGACUCUGGUUACUACACACCCAAUAAUGCACCUGGGAUUGUAAAAUCAUGUUCGAUGCCAAACAUGGCUGCAUCGUCACUCAUUUCUGGAGGUCAUUCUCCUAAAUAUUUGACAAAUCGUUCAAGAUCCUCCGAGGAUGUACAUGUUCUCAGAAUGAGACAAAAGGAGAUUUUAGUUCAUGAUGUUGGUACGGAGCUGAUGCGACAACAAGAAAGAGAUGAUGGCAUGCAUAAAUAUCAUAAAACUAACUUUGAAAGUUACGAGGGUUUUGAAACUUAUAGCUGUUCUGCAUCAGCAAAAGACUGGAUAGUGCCAAUUUCGGAUGAAGUGAAAAUCCUGCAAGAACAACCGCUGGUUCUGAAUCAGAAUGAAUCGACUGGAAAGGAUUUGAAGUUUAAGCGAAUCGCAGAUUGGGUAAAUGAUCUUCAACACAUGAGCCCAUCCAAAGAAUCCAAAGACACAUUUGAAUUAUCCCAUCCCAGUGAUCAGGUGAAAGUGGAACCUGCUGUCUUAAAUGGUUUGACUGCUACAAAGGUCGAUGUUAAGGUAAGUCCUGACAUGGAAGCUGCUAAAAGAUACAUAUCUUCUUUGAGUGCCUCAGCAACCACCGCUCAACUUUCAAAUCAUGGUCUGGUUGUUAUACCAUUUCUCAGUGCAUUUGUCAGCUUGAAGGUGCUUAAUCUAUCAGGAAAUGCAAUAGCAAGGAUUACUGCUGGUGCUCUUCCUCGAGGACUUCACAUGUUGGAUCUGUCGAGGAAUAAUAUAUCCACCAUCGAGGGUUUACGUGAACUUACUCGACUUCGUGUGCUGAAUCUAAGCUACAAUCGGAUAUUUAGAAUUGGUCAUGGUUUGGCUUCUUGUUCCUCUCUUAAAGAGUUGUAUUUGGCUGGAAACAAGAUAAGUGAGGUAGAGGGUCUUCAUCGUCUCUUAAAGUUGAUGGUUUUGGAUCUGCGUUUCAACAAAAUCUCUACUACCAAAUGUCUCGGUCAACUCGCAGCAAACUAUAAUUCCUUGCAAGCCAUCAGCUUGGAAGGUAACCCGGCGCAGAAGAAUGUUGGAGAUGAAUAUCUGAAGAAGCAUUUGCAAGGCCUUCUUCCGAAUUUGGUUUACUUCAAUCGGCAGGCUAUUAAAGUGAAGGAUGCCGCAGAACGAUCAGUUAGGCUAGGCAUCAGCAGCCAUCAACUUGAUCGUGUCUAUAGAUCAGAACACAGAGGUGCAAGGAAGAAUAACCAUGGUACUGGCCGGGCAUCCUCUUCAUCUCACAAAAGUCAAGCCACGGCUUCCCCGAUGCGAUCCAGAAGCAGGCAUGGGCACCACCCUCCUCCUAGCGGAAAGAAGGCAACGACCAAUCAUCAGAAACAUUACGUAGAUCUCGGUAACAAACUGCUGAAUUUUAAAUUGGAGGUUUCCAUGCGAAGGACCCAAAGCGAGGGAAGUCUGGGGCAACUGUGAAAUCAGUUGCUUUGAUUGCUUUCUGUUUCUAGACUUUGAUAUUCGAGUUUUGUUGAUUUUAGUAACUGCAAUAAAUUGUCACUCAAGAUACAUUAGUCGAUUCCUGUUCCUGAUAAGUUCUUAAGUUCCUGCUUUCUCUCUCAUUA